GAGCAUUCAGCAUUAAUUAAAAUGUCUUCCACCAAACCUCCAAAUGAAAAUGAAAUACCCAAAGACAGAAAACCAGGACUGAGGAGUGUUCAGACAACUAUGCUCUUUCGAGCUGUGAACCCAGAACUUUUCAUUAAACCUAACAAACCUGUGAUGGCAUUUGGACUCGCAGCAAUUACACUCUGUGUGGCCUACCUUGGCUAUUUGCAUGCAACAGCAGAGAAUAAAAAGGACCUCUAUGAAGCAAUCGACAGUGAGGGCUCUAGGUAUAUGAGGAGGAAAACUUCCAAGUGGGACUGA